CACCCGGACGUUGGAAUUCCAUGUACUUCUCAGAUUCUACCACUAAAUUCUACCGGUUUUCGACAAACUUUUCCCUCCUCUGUAACUCUACUAUCGAUGAACCCUACAGGCGAAGCCGCUUCUUUCUCUCUGAUUAACAUCGGGAAGAAGGUAAAACAGUAACUUGUGUAGUUGUUAUUCUUGUACUUAUUCUGUACAAAUCAGCCGACAAAAACCUCAUAAUUCAUUUGUAUACUCCUCCUUAAAAUACACAUGUUUUAUUUAUUUAUUUGAGAAAACUAAUUAAUUAAGGAGCACAUUAGAGAAAUUCCACUUCAGUGUUUUUUGCUAUCGAAAGAAUCUGACCUAAAGAUGAUGCUAUUGCUUUAUACUCCAGUGGCUACUUAAUUGGAGAAUAUUAAACCAUUCAAUGUUUGGUAUAAGAAUACUUUUUUAAGAAACUCUAAUGGUGACUUUAUUGAGGAAUUUUAUGCUUUAAAACUGGAAUCAAAGAUGGUUUCGAAGUGUAAACAGUAUCAAUACAUUGACGGUAUAAACCAACAUGUAGAGAAACUCAUGCCAUGAAAUAAGAGCUGCUAUGAUGAAUACCAAUUAUACCAGUGUCAUGUUAAAAUAGAGAUAAUAAGCCUCAGUCAUGCCUAAAAUAUAUUUCUGCAGUCACACGUUUUUUUCUUACUAUUUGAACAUAAUUUGGAUGUUGUUUCUUCUUAUUUAAUUUCUGGAGGUACUUUCUUACAGCAACAAGUCAACAACAACAUCCAAGCCUCUGGAGGCUAUGUGAGUGAUAUAGAAGAUGAUAAUGAAGGUGAGCUACAAGUAGUCAGUGAUGAUGAAGAAUUUGAACUGAAAGAAAUCUGCACAGAAGGUGCGUAAGAAAGGUGUUGAAGAUCUAUUAUGGUAUCCUCCUUCAAGAUGGUGUAGAGCCUAUUUUAGUAGAAGAUGCCAUUCACAAAUGGUAGAUAACAACAUAUCAGAAUCUUUCAAUUCAUGGAUACUAGAAGCCCGACACAAACCUAUUGUGACCAUGCUAGAAGAAAUCAGAACCAAAGCCAUGAUAAGAAUAACAGAGAAUAAAAAGCUGUCAGAUAAAUGGUUCAAUAAUUGGCCACCCAAAUCAAUGGAAACUUUGUUGGAUAAUAAAGAGCUUGUUGUGGGGUGCAGGAUUGUAUUUAGUGGCGAUUCAGGUUACGAGAUAGGUGAAGGCGAUACAAAGCACACAGUUUUUUUGGACAAACAACAACACACUUGGAUCUGCUUCUGUAGUUUCUUCCCCAAGAAGAAAUCAAGACACUUUUUCUGCACAUGCAAAUGCUGUAAAUACAUCUAGUUUUUAUGCACCAGUUGACUCAAUGGGAUAUGGUUGUUUUGUGGAUGAAAAUACUGGAAGAACAGUUCUCAAUCCUGGAAUGGAAUCUCAGACGGUCACUGUAGAUGGUGUGUCACAAAUUGACAUCAACCCAGAUGCUCAAACAAAAAUGACGAUACCUUGUGAAAGAACAUUACGAAAAAAACUUCCUGUUAAGCGAGCAUGUGAAAUCACAAGGAAUAUUCGAUUCUAUGGAGAUGGAUACGAUGUUAGAGAAUCGUCAACACUUCCUUUUCAAUCUUCUGGCUUGAGUUGGUUAUGAAAUCCCGCGAUUACGGCAAGACAACUUGAAGCACAUCGAGAUAAAGUUGCCAAUCAACCGGGUGGAUCGAGAGACAUUUUCCAAGGAUAACAAAUUGUGGUGGCUGAAUGUUUUCUUUAACAUUCACUUAACAUUUUUUGCAUGAACAUAUAGGUGUUAUUCUGUUUUUUUGUUGUAGCUGGUAUUACUUUCAGUGAUGUGGGGAUGCUAUGAAGUUGGCCUUUUGAUGAAAUAUUAUUUUUGGCCGUAAUUUUUGAUGAAUGUGGCUGCAUUUUUUGGGAUCA